GAUUAUGUUUUACCGGACCACUACUUUAUCUAGCUAGGCAUGAACACAAGCCCUCGCCUUAACAAACAUUGCCAUCAUUGAGGGAAAUGGAGGACAAAGGGUAGACGAUAUCAUUUAAAAGUGAAACAGCAUGUCAAACAAUUCUUUCGUAGCUGUUUUAGCUCGAUAUUAUUUUACAAAAAUUGGGUUUAUUAUCCUCAGAAAAAACGCUAAAACACGGAUUCCAGAAUGAUUAAGAUAAGAAGAACAACAAAAUGCGGAUUUAAAGCCUUGUUCCGAAAAAAAUAAUAUACCGUUGAAGUUUGCUAGUUUUACACACUCUUAACUAUGGUGUCUUUUAACUGAUGAAUGUAAACAUUUCACAGAGCAGCCAAGAUUGUUAUACCAGUAUUAUUAAUAGAGAGUAGGCAGCUGCAAUAUUUGCACAUGCUAAUUUAGAUUGCAGUUUAAAAUUAAGUGGUAUUGCGGAUUCCAGCUAAAAAAAAUCCAAAAAACACAUGAUAAUAACUAAUGACAACUUUUAAUGUUAAAUAAAAAAAGAUACGCCAGAAUAUGAACAAUGUUCUUUUGGGACGACCGUCAAAUACCCUAAACGCAUGAAAACAUUAACAUCUUGGUACAGGGGCGCGGGUCCCAAGUUUUGCCCUUUGACUUCAAAUCUUAGAUCCGUCAGAUUUCUUAAAGUUACAUGACACAAUCCUAUAACUACAACUAAACAUUGAUUGCAUUUUAAUGAACGUGCACAUUGUCACAGUAUGGUAGACAAAGACAUUGUCACAAUUAUUAAUAGAAACGGCUCAAUAGUGGGAAACCGCUGUCCUAGUCUACGCAUUGACUAAAAUAUUGAUGAUAUUUCCGAGUGAAUUGGUAAAAACAAUAGUGAUCUUAGUACAAUGAGUGUCAGUAAAAAAGAAAGUAAUUAAAAUGUUACAAAAAGUGUUAUAUCUCUGAUAACCAUUAAGAUACUAGCCGGAGUGUACGUGUCUAUGUUAGUGUUAACUAAUAUGCUCUGCUAUAUUUCUUAGACAUUACAAUUUUACCAUGGUUCUCUCAAGUCAGAUGCCAUGGUCAAGGUCGCGAUGGCCUUAACUUAAAAUAAUGUUUGCUUAAAUAUAUAGAAAGCGCUAUGUGGUCACUUUUAGGUGUUGGUGUAUUUACCUACCUCGCUUUGAUGGAGUGUAUAUCGGUAUCGGAUGGGGUCAUAUCAUUAGAACCAUAUCAGUGUUAUGGAACUGUUUGUAAUAGAGGAGAGGAGUUAGAAUUCUGCCAGAGUUAUUUCCCAUAUUGCCGGGCAUGCGCAGAUGUGCUUGACGACUGCCAAACGACGCGGUCUCACCGGAAUUGCAGCAGAUUUUGUGAUGACUACCUCGUUAAGCAGGCUUUGGAGAAAGAUUCAAAGAAAGACUGCCUUGAGAUACCCGUGCUUCAGAAUGGAACAUUCGACACUCGCGGACCACAUAAACAUGGAGAUGUGGUUGUUGCGACAUGUGACCCUGGCUUUACCCUCCUCGGGCACAACACUUUGACUUGUGGAAAACACGGUCAAUGGGACAAUACUCCUCCUACUUGCAAAGCGGCAUCAUGCCCAUGUCCUCCCAAUUUAAUGAAUGGACAAUGGCAAAUCGAACAAGAAAAUGGAUGCCUUAUGGAAGGUGUUUAUGCAACCACGCAUGCGGAGUUUGUCUGCAAUGCUGGAUUUCAGACGGUUGGGGGUUCAUCAUGGAGAUGUUCUUUUAAUGGAACUUGGAUUUCAGAUAAAACCGGUAGUGACCACACGUUUCCUUUCUGUUUAGAAACAGCGUCAUCUUUUCCGCUCACAUAUGCAGUGGUUAUUUUGUCUGUCAUUUGCGUGUGUUUAAUUAUUAAACAAAUUGUGGACUGUGUGCGCGCAAAACAAACUUCAAAAGAAUGUCCAGAUGUUGAAUCCCAGAUCAAAGAACCACUUCUUGAAAGGGAAAAAGAACAAGUUCAUGAAAUACAAGAAGUAGAGGAGAGUGAAACAAGACACUCUGUUUCACAGGAUGCAGCCGAUCAACCAAAAGAUAGUACUUCACGGAAUGAAAACAACGACGAAAACGUUGAGAACACAGAACAUAUACCGAAAAGAAAUGACAGCCCGGCUUCCCAAAGGUCAGUUAACGUUGUUACUCACUUCACCUUCAACAUCGAGGGAAAAGGAGAAAAGGAAGACAAAACGGAAGACAAAACGGAAGCGGACGAUACUUCAUCAAACGAACCCAACGAUACUUCGUCAAACGAACCCGUCGAUACUUUGUCAAAGGAACUAGAAGACAGUUCGUCAUAUAGACCAGCUGAUGUCUGUAGCAGGCCAAUUCAGGAGACUGGUGAGGUAGAGACCAAACCGAAAGACAAAUUGAUGCAACUUUCAAACGCAAUAGUUGCUGACAUUCCUCGAGAUCAAGUGACGCCUUCGGCACCCUCGGAAUCACCCGUUUGUCUAGUUUGAGACCGGAUAAAAACACUAGUUUGCUUGAUAUACUAAUUGAGUGCUCCAAUUCAAAUCCUCUUGAAUGCUUUGUUUACAAUGAUAUUGUGUGAGAUAGUGACGUAGAUAGCUAAACCUCCAUAUGAAACAUCUUUGGUUACUGUGUCAACUUCUGUUUAAGGAUUGUUUCACAAUCAUUUCAGUUUUAUGUAGAAAAUCCUUUAUUAUAUGGACAGUUAAUGACGCUACAAUUUGAAUAUGCAAAUUCGAAACCUCUUUAAAACCUUUUUUUCUUAAAUUUUAGGCAAUCUUAAAUAGUGUUGCUAAGUUUUAACCAGGGAACAGAAGAGUGUUUUAAUUUGAACUGAAAUGAAACAAGCCAACAUAAAAAACACGAUUGGUUGCAUAUAAUUACAUGACAAUAAUUACUCUUUCUUAAUGAACCAAUAAGGCGCAGAGUUCAACGCUGUUUUACGAGACACGCGAUUCGCAAAUGAAAAGCGCGAUGUCUAUUUUACUUUUAUAAUAUUGCAAACGUUGGCCAGCAUAGCUGAAAUGGCCUCAAAGAAGUGAAUACGCCCCGUAAAGACAUUCACCCUCUAGGCACAUUUCGAUGUUCAAACGAGUUAGAACAAUGAGUGGGAAUUUGUUUACUGUUUGGAUUUGGGCCCUCGACCAUUAGCCUUAUUAGCCAUAAUGAUAAAUUUCGAUAAUCCCAUGUUAUUUUGGUAUAGUUAUCAUAUGAAACUACAAUGCAUCACAAUAUCAACUACAGAUGGGGAUUUAACGCUUAAAGCCUUUAAAAAAACAAUGAUUCUAAAUGAAAAAUCAGGCCGUAUAAGUGUUUAUCUUCCGCUAAAUAACAUUUAAUUGAGGUUAAUUAAAUAUUACGUUGGGCAGGAUCCAUAGCUGGCAAGACCCCCGCACACAGACACACAAUCACAAACAGACACACAAUCACACACACCAUCACCAGUUGCUGAUGAACAACAUAUUAAUCAGUGAUUUGCUCACACUGAACAAAUUUGUUCGAAACACAAUGGUUGACAAAAGAAACAACAUUUCCCCAAAUGCCUGGCUCGAGCGGUAAUAGUACUUCCUGUGAUUUCCUAUUUGAUAUUUAUUUUCAUACAGGUCAUUUUGUUUAAAACCGUGUUUGCAUGCUGGUUUUAUAUUACAUUGUUCGUUUUAUAACUUUUUUUGUUUUUUUUUAUAUGAGUUUGUUUGUUUAUAUAUCUUUGUUUGAUUUAAAAUGUGUUCUGUGUUGUAUUUGAAUUUUGAGUGUACUUAAAAUGCAUAAUAUGUACUUUUUACGCGAUUACGCGCAUUCCAAAUUUUUAUAAACUUUGUGACAUUUUUUUAAUAGAGGGAGAGGGAGCCAUCGGGUUAAAAGUACCAGCGGUCAUGUCAAGUUGUAUUCAAUCAGCCAUUUCUGAGGUCGGGAAAGUUAACAAUAAAAUGUUUACUUUAAAAAGCUCUCACAAAGUUCAUCUGUUUGGGCAUUAAUUAUGCCAAAACAUAGGGUGACCAUCACACUGUGGUAGACUAUUUUACCAGGUGCUUGUAUUAGGAUUGGGAAACCAUAUAUGCUUGUUGAUUUUGUAUUAUUUUCUUCAUUUUAUAAAUUUAUUCGUUUAUAUAACUUUUUUCGUUUUAAAAUGUUUUUGAAUUGCAUUUGAAUAUUGUGUGUACUUAAAAUGCAUAAUACUAAAUAUAAUGUUCAAUUAUGAGCUUCGAAAAGUUGUACGAACUUGUGACCUUUUGUGCAAUGGAGAAAGUGGUCGGAAUUUUAUCUACGAGCUGUUUGCUAUAUAUCCUAUGCUCUCUUUACUCUGUGACAGAGAAUCCGGACUUGCAUUAUACUGUUAUAUGUAUUUAACCUGCUUUUAAAUAGGCCGAGAUAGUUAAAAAAAGUGUACUGUACCAGUUCAUCCCUCAAAAGUUUCACUAAGUGCAUCUUUUUAUGCCAAAGAUGACAUCAUGUUAGGUAUUACAUGUAGUGCUAUUAAAACUAUAAAUACAGA